CCACAAACGUCAACGGUCAACAUUUAAAAACAUCUUAAAAAACGACAUUUUUUCAGUGUUAAAAAAGCGUUACAAAAAGAACAAAAGCAUAUUGAAAUUAAGUUAUUCAUAUAGAUUAGAUUCGGCUAUAUUUAACAUGAUGUUCUCUUCGCCGAAUGUACGGGUUUUCUCCCAUGAAAAUUCUGAAAACGCGAUUUCCCGUAAACCGGGGCAGAAUGCGAUAUUGAGAAAACCGUUUACGUCCAUUGGAGUUAAUAGUACACCAGCGAAAUCUCCGCUACACAAGCAGAAUGUAGCAGGUAAAAAAAUGAAUGACAAAGUGGCAUGUUCCUCAUAUCAUGACAAAGUGGCGACUACAAAAACUGAAGAGGUGUUUGUAGAUGAUUAUAUGUUUUCAUAUAGAAGUGAAAAAGACGAUUUUAAUGACAUAUGGGCAGGUUACAGUGAUGAGAUUUUUCCACAAAUGGUUUGCAAUGAUAUUAGAAACUUUUGUGGUGCCACACCAAAAACUCCAGAACCACAAAAUGAAUUUGAUAUAGAUUCAAUAUUUUUUACAGUCUCCGAGCCAGUUUUAUUCAUUCCUGAACAAAUGAAUGCUUCUUUUGAUAAAUUACCAGAAUUUGAAGAUUCAAUUGAAUCUGUAGGUACUCCUCAUAUUGAUUUUGAUGAAUUUAAUGACUCAGUUUAA